CGUGACGACCUCGAACCGUCAGUGUCGCGAGUCGUGGUUUUUCGUGGGAAAUCGGUUCAUCUCGUUCAUUUUCGUUUUCUUUCGUUUACUACUACCACUAUUCCUUUUAUUCUUGUUCCCGUUCAGCUGAUUAUUCGACUGGUGUUGAACGAUGUCGAAGUGGCGCAAUUUAAAUCGCGGUCGAAUUCGCGCCGCGAUCGGCAGUGUCGUAGUUUGAAGAUAAAAGCGGUAUCGCUGUGUCGUUAGUGUCGAAGAUCGAGAUCUCGAAAUUAUUGCGAUUCUCGCGAAGUAGUGUAGGCGCGUUUCUGUUACGCAGAACACGGACAAUUGGGAAUUUAAACAGGUGUGUGCCAGGGCAAGGCUACUUGAAUCAAACGUGUAAAAUACAAAGGAAGGAAGAAACCACUUCUGAAGUCGAUGGGUCGUGUAGUUGUGUAUCGCAGUGUCUUGUUUCGCAGUCGUGAACUCAUCGCAACGUGCAGAAAUCAUCCGAAGUAAUCACCUCGUUUUGUGCUCUGCAAAACCGUAACUAGGUACGUAUUUGCAGAAUCUCUUUAAAGAAAGCUAUAUGUACAGAGUUCAAGUUCCAAGAAGCUGACAGCACGCUCUAAAUACGCACACGCCCUCAAUACCUUAAACCGCUUAAACAAAGAAGGUGAAGCACUUGCCCUCGAAGAUGACCUCACAACGCACCCCACCUUGGCUUUGAUGCGGCGCAUCCUCGCAGAUGCACAGGCAAAAUUUCGCGUGAUGGUGGAGGAGAACGCAGCGACUGGCGCCCGGCUUGACGGGGAGCUGGAACGAGCCAGGGGCGAGUGUGCCACGCUUCGCGGAGAGCUGAGGGAUGUUCGUGGCGCUUUGCCGGUGGUGUUGAACAAUAACAACGGCGCUGGGAACAACAACGGGGUGGCUGGGAACUCCGGCAACAACAACGGAACAACCAGCGCGGGGAAUAAUGGCGGUAGCCCUGGACAAGAGGGCGGUGAGCCGCAGCAACAGCCGCAAGAGGACGGGAAAAGGCUCAGCGCCGCGAGUAGCCCUGUCGAGAAGAGGAGCUCCGCCAGCGACAAGUCAGCUAGUCCUAUCGAUAAGAGAACCAGUCCUGUAGACAGGAAGGAGAGAACCAGUCCUAUCGAUCGACGAACCAGUCCUAUAGAAAAACGAAAUGGCUCGCCAAGUCGCAGUCCAAGCGAAAAAGCACGUCGACCGUACGCUCCAGCGUUGGAGAAGACGCGACUUGGUGGUUCUGGCGGAAGCGUGGACUCUCGUUCCGGAAGCGCCAGUCCGGACCGAGGAUCCAGCAACAGAACUUUCUUCCAUCGUGGCGCUAGCGAUCGAUCAAGCGCCGAGAGACUUCGAAUAUCGGCCAGCAACCGCGAUUCCUUACGAUCAUCGAAGGAGAUAAACGACCAGGAGAAAGAUAUAGACAAGGAUCUGGUGGACGGUGAUGUGAGGGCCGAAGAGGACAAUGAACCACCUGGACCAGCCCCAGGCAGCAGACCCUCGUCGCCAGCUAAUUCCCUGGGAAUCGGUGAUCCAUUGGUAGCAUCGAGGUUAUCAAACAUUCAUGGCGGUGGUGGUAGCACCGGUUCGGUGGAACUAGCCAGCACCAGGCGACUUCGACUGGAGAAUGAACGUCUGGUGGCUGAGGUAGCAAGAUUGAGAAGAUUGCUAUUCAGUGGAGCGGCACGCGGCGAAGUUGGCUCCGAGGAUGCGGCUCUCGAGGAGGAAGCACGAUUUGUUGCUCUUGAAAUGGAACUGCAACACGCCAAAGAAGCUCUUCAGGCACUUAAAGCCGAUCGCAAGAGGCUCAAGGCCGAAAAGUUCGAUCUUCUUAAUCAAAUGAAGGCACUUUAUGGCACCCUCGAGGACAAGGAACGGGAAUUACGGGACUUUAUCAGGAACUACGAACAGCGGAUGCGAGAGAACGAAGCGACUUUAGGACGCCUUCAACAGCAAGGAGUCGGUAUGCCUUCGGAGGAACGCGAACGCGAAAGGGAAAGGGAACGUUGGAGCCUGCUAAGGGCUGCAAGGGACGAGGCCGAUCGAAGUCUCAGCCUUGCGGCUAGUUUGGCCGACAAAGAAGCCGCCCUUUCGCACGCACACGCGACUAUAAAAGAGCUACAGCGUCAAUUGGCGGAAAGAGGUGGCAGCGGUGGUAUCUGCUUGAGCGACCAGGAAUCCUUGGUCUCGUUCCCGAGAGGCAGCGUGAAUGGAGCCGCGACACCGGGCGCCGGAAGUAGCAGCGGUGGCGGUGGUUGUGGUAUCAUCCCUCAUAUGAAUUCUCAACCGCCAUUAGGCAGCACAGAGCUAGGAGUGACCGUUGGGAACGUCGGCAAUGCGGCAGGUGCUGGCUCUUCCGGUGGACAGGCGGGCGAUCGCGGAAGUUGCAGUGCGGACAGCGGUGUUCGAGGAUCUAGCGACAGGGAAAGCGGUGGCGCAACCAGCGUGGGCGGAAAUCUUUCAGAUUCUACUACAGACGGCACACCGACAAUUACGGUCGAGGGAAGCGGUCUCGACAUGGACAGCAUCUCCGUGGUUUCCUCCAUUGCACCAUCCCACAUGUACCAGUCAGCGACCACGCCGAAGGAUUGCAGCCCGACAUUGUCGCCUCUGAAUGCCUUCUCCAGGUCCAUGGACAAUUCCUCGUUAUCGCGAUCGGUCGAACAGUUGUCGAGUCCGUUAGAAUCAGAACCAAGAAGAAACAAACAAAGCACACCUGUCGCGGCACCUGCCGCACAUUCACGCUCCUCUGCGACUCGUGGAGGCACUUGGGGUUCUAUUUCUAGAGUGUUUGCCCGUACGCGACAUCGAAAGGCAGCGAACAACUCGAGCGGUGGAAGCGGAAGUAACGAGGGUUCCGAAAGUUUCGAUCCUUUUAGAUCAUGGUCGCCUCUCACGGAGGAAGGUUAUGCUGAAAAGCUACGUUUACUCAGAGAAGCCGCAUCCGUACCUAUGGAGAGAUGGAGGGCGCCUACAGUCUUAGCGUGGUUAGAAGUUGCUCUUGGUAUGCCACAAUAUGGUCCACGAUGCGCUGAAAACGUUAAAUCGGGAAAGGUUUUACUGGAACUAAGUGACGCAGAAUUGGAAGCAGGGUUAGGAGUGGCCCAUCCUCUUCAUAGAAAGAAGCUCCGUUUAGCUAUCGAAGAGCAUCGACACCCGAGUCUCGUUCGAUAUCCGUGUAUUGCUCAAUUAGGUCACACGUGGGUCAGUUCAGAAUGGUUGCCUGACCUUGGACUCGCUCAGUAUUCUGAAAGUUUCGCAACUAACAUGGUGGACGCACGGAUGCUCGAUCAUCUGAGCAAAAAGGAACUCGAGAAACUGCUUGGGGUGACCAGGAAGUUUCAUCAGGCCAGCAUCGUGCACGGAAUUCAUCUACUCCGAAUGUUGAACUACGAUCGUCAGGCACUCGCAGUUAGAAGACAUCAAUGCGAACAAAUGGACACAGAUCCUCUAGUUUGGACAAAUCAGAGGUUCAUUCGGUGGGCGAGGAAUAUCGAUCUGACUGAAUAUGCUGAGAACUUAAAAGAUUCAGGUGUGCAUGGCGCUCUGGUUGUGCUAGAACCAUCCUUCACCGGCGACACCAUGGCUACAGCUUUGGGUAUACCACCAGCUAAACAGAUGAUCAGACGACACCUCACCGCUGAGCUCGAAGCCCUCGUCGUUCCAGCAAGAAGUCAGCUGGAGGUGGUCCCGAGGAACAGCACCAGCGGGGGUCGUCCGAUGAGCACAGUGAGCGCGGGCGGUAGCCUCGGUCGUGGAAGCAGGGCGCUGCAUCUUCAGCAUCAUCAGAGCUCCCUGUCUGCCCUGCACAUGACGACCAAUCACUCGGGCACUGUCGAUAGACGCAGAUCCAGCCUCAGGACCUGCAGUCUUCUUUACUUGAAAAAGUUGUCGUGGAAGAGCUCACAGGGAUCGUUAAGCAGAGCCUUUGGACUCCGACCCAGAAGCGAGAAGGCCUCUCCAUCUUCUUCGUCGGAUACCGGAAGCCUGGCUAGUCAGUAUAUGAGCAGCGCUCGCAGCAAUUCUCCUCCACCCCCGCAACUACCACCUAGACCCAUCACAGGCAACAAGAGGCAUCGCCGAGUGAAGAGUAUAGGUGACAUCGACUAUAUAACAAGCGCAGCAGUAAGCACGCCCGUUUGACAGGAGGGUAGGCCCCAACAUCCGGGGCCUUAUCGAAGCUUGAGCGAGCGAGGAUACUCUUCAUCGUACUCUUCUUCGCAGUACGGCUCGUAUUCCGGCUACAGCAACGUUCUGCACGGCGAUCAGUACCAGUACCAACAGACUAGUAAUUAUUAUCAGCUGAAGGGCGGUUAUUACUCACCACAGAGCACCGGGCCGCCAUUUCCAGGGGUUCAGAGAUACGGAAGCUUAGCGGAAGAGGCCUGGUCGUGCACCACGAAAGACGACUCUGGCAAUCCCAAAACGAACCCCAGGACUUACCUAGCUUAGCUGGUCUCGAAAAUAUCCACGGUGAUAUCACGGUGACGAUUUGUGACGAAUCGAAUCACCUCAUUUGGUUAUGACUAUUUUAAUUAGGCUUGGUAACCAAAGUGUCGCCAAAGGAGACAGAGCUGUGAUUUAACGUGGAAGAGCUGGGCUUGCCGGAGUUGGAUUAAUUAUUAUUAACCCUUUCACUGAUGAAUUGGCGCUUCGCUGUAGAGAUAAGGAAGUAUGGCUUGGAUCGGAUUUGAAGUAUCCUCUGGGAGGAAUGCUUGAAAUGGUAUACCUCGGAGAGGUAUAGGAUUAUUGUGAAGUUACAGAUUUGUUUAUUUAUGGAAUUUAAUAUUGGUAAGGUAUGUUAAUUUAUUUACUUUAUGAACUAUUUCAUGGAUAUAUGAUAUACAUUAUUGUCCGUAAAUUCCCUCUACCAUUUAAUUACUGUUACUGCACGCAACUUAAUAACAUAUUAAAACCUUACCAAGCAUUCCGCUUAUCUAAAAUAUUUAUCCGGAUCAUCCUUACUCAGCUAUACUGCACAACUAUGUAAGAAGGUAAUAUCUGUUGAAUAGCCAGUUUAUAGCAAACUGACAUAAACUUUUAAAGCUCACUACGUUUAUUACAUUUUGUCUAAAGAUAUGAAAUUUAUUAUUUAUCUUUCUAGUACACUAUUAUAUUUUAGUACAAUCUUCCACUAAACGAAGAUAUAAAAUGAUCACUUAUUGAAAGAUAUCAAAAUAGGAAGACACGAAGAGGCUUGUUUUUAUACUUCUUUCCAUAAUUGGGCAGUACUUAAGAAAUGACAUGCAGCUGCUAUAACCCGUUAGUAUAAUCAAAAUUAACAGAAACAAGAGUGAAAGGGUUAAAGAAUUUCAGUGGUAUCGAAGAUUAUAUGGUCGAAAUAAUACUGUAGCGAUCGACAAACUUGGAUGAGAGAACCUGAUGUGCCUAUAUGGGGACAUAGGAAUGAAAAGCACGUAUUUCAGCGUUUGCAAGUGUGAUAUAAUCAGAAAGGAGCUUGAUCUAUCGUACGAAAGAGACUCUAACAACAAGUCCUGAACUUAGUCUGGUCGUAUUAGUAUUAAAACCCUCGAAGGAUUUGAAAGAUUACCACAACGAUUGAUCAGUUUUAAUCCCACGAAGACGAGCCAUUCUGUACAGUAAUCGAAUGCAUCUCCGAAGUGCAACAAUGCAGCAGUCGGAUACAUCCAGGACCAGUUUUAUAGCGCGUAACCUGUUAACCGGGAAAGACGAGUUAAUUCGUCCUUCAAUUUGCAAGUGUCAUGAAUUUAGCAAUUUAUUUAUUCGAAGAUUUCUAUUUCUAAUAUAACGUUGCAUUUUUAUAUCACAAUUGAAAUUAAUACGAGACCUUCUUCAAUUUUUAAUUCUGUGCCAAAAAAGCUUCUGGUUAAGGAACUACCCAGUUAACAGGUUAAUGGACAUUAUGGAUAUAAUAAUAAUAAGUCAUCGGUGCAAUUUGCAUCAGUAGUAUGAGCAGCAGAAGGAAAUGAUAAUGAAAUUUAUCAAAAUAAUUUACGAAUCACUGUGCAAUUUUAAUUUUUUACAGAUCGAGCUUAGACAUACUUAUAGAUAUUUUAAUAAAAAAGAAAAUGGUACAUGCUCCGAAUACUUGGUACAUUGGUACAUUUUGAAUACUGUUUUUCCUCGCAUAAUGAAUAUUUUAUUUUCAUCAACCGUGUAAUUAUGUGUAGGCAAGGGAUGUGUUAAAUUGUAUUAUCCGUAAAUUAAAUUACGACUAAUACUAACGCGAUUGACUUUGCUGAGCAUACUACUGAACCGAAGCAAAUCGUCCCAAGUUAACGAAAGAAAACGACGAACAGUAUUUAAAUAUGGACGUUUAAAGUUACCUAGAUGGAAACUUGUAGCGAUUAUCCGUGCAGUGGAUAAUUAAUCGUUCGAAUGUACAGACUAGAAAUUGGAUCCUGUUACCAAUUUAUAUGAAUCGUCAUAAUUAGACUGCGAAUGUUUAUGCAAAUUAAUAUUCUUUUUUAAAACAACUAAAUAGGAACUUGUUUCACAUUCUACAAAUUAAAACGAGUACUUCGUUUUGGAUAUUUGUGUAUCUUUACAUAUAACAUAUAUUUUACACAUUUAAAUAUCUUAUAAAUGCAUAAAUAUCAGCAGUCUAGCAAUAAUUAGCCGCAGUGCGCUGCCAAACGCGAGGUUUCGAAACGACUCAUCUUCGCUCUAUCGUAUCCAGGAAUCGCAACGAAAGAAUACGACCAAUUAGGAAAAAGAAUACGUAUUUUGGACAUCGAUCGUGCGAUUUUUCGAGUCCGAGUUACUCGUCGUUGCCCGAAAUUUUCAUUUGUACGUAUAAUCAGCAGCCGCGUUCAUGCACACAAUAUCGGUCAUCGUUUCACGUAAUUUUAAGAAUUUACUUAGCCGACGUUUAAUUCUGGAAUUAACUAUAAGACUGUUCGAAUUUGGAAGCUCAAGAUCUUCAUGAGAAAAAAGGAAGGAAUCUUAUCCUUCAAACUCGUGUGGAAAGAAGAGAAUAUUACGAAGAGUUCUUUAAGUAAUGGAUACUAAGUGUAUCGUAGUUAAUAAUUUGAUUAUCGAUAUUAUCAAUGUUAUUAAUAUUACUGAUAUAAAUAAUUAUAGAAUAUAUUUACAUUAAUAUAAAAUUAAUAUAAAAUCAAUUUAUAUUGAUAUUAUUUAAUAUUGAUAAUAUUGAUAAUAAUAAUUUGAGAAUAAUUGCAAGCAGAAUGUAUUAUCUUCUGCCUGUAUCUACUUAAAGAUACCGAAUCGAAGAAGCAGAAGCAGAAGCGUACAGGGGCUUCCAUCGAAUUCUACAUAACUAUUCGAACACAUUCAAUAAACGUUCAGUAAAACUAUACACCCAUAUACACAUUCCAGUGGCUGUUUCUCAACAAAAAUCACAAAACAGGAUAGGUAAAAACCUAAUUUAUUUAUCGAAGAACGGAUGUAGAAUAGUUAGCUGAAAAAGAAGAAAUCGACGACCAAACUACAGUCAGUUCUAAAAUUAAAGAAAAGAGAAAGGAAGAAAGAUAAAGAGAAAGAUAGAAAUGGACAGAACGAUAUUAUAUAUUCUGCAUUUUUGCAUAUCGUGCGUAAUCUUGCUCGAUAUCCAAGAAACCUAUUUUUUCUGCACUUUCGUUAUCGUUUUCUACUUUAGUAAUAACUGUAUAUAAAUACAUACAUAAAACGAUACGAAGUCGAAAAGUGAUGCAGAUAUGUGAGAAAUAAAAUAUCCUUUUUCCUUUUUUUGUUUCUUCCAACGCACAUAAGGAAAACGAUGUUUGCAAAUGAUUAAAUAAGCGAAUUAAAUAAUAUCAUUUACGGAAACGUUUAAAACACCAGAGUUCGAAUGGUGAUCAUCGUUUAAAAAGUACGUGUUAUGAUGUAAUUAAUUGUAUAACUGUUAAACAAAAAAAAAAAAAAAAAAAUGAAAACGCGUGCAUGUACCGAAUAUAGUCCACGAUAUAUUUAUACAGUCGUCUGUAUACGAUAUUAAUUAUUAUAACACGCUUUAUAAUAAUUAAUAUUAAAGGAGAAAACGUCGGAUAUUCUGGCUCAUGUUCCAAAGAACCGCCAGAAUUAAAUCGAAUCGCACGUUAAAAUCCAUUAUUCUUAAUUACGCUUGCGUAACAAGACGAUAUAUUUUGUAGAUAAAGAAAUUUCAAUAAUUAAUAUUUAUUCUUAGCAUUUCUCAUUGUAUUUAUGCUCGGUGUUAAGUUAUACGAUUAAAUUGGAAAAUUUUAUAUCCGUAAAUUCGUUUAAUACGCGGACGAGUAUUAACAUCGUUUAGUGAUCGAUAAACGAUGGGUCAAUACUAAUCCAAGGGUGAUCUAUUCACUCGUCGUCGUAUACCUAAGUAAUUUAUUCGAAUAAAUUAUAGCUUAGGUUUUUAAUUUAUUAUGCGCGCACCCAUACGAUAAUCACGAUCAAUCGAGAUCGACGACAAUUGUAACAUUUGCUUUAUAAAUGUCUCUUAAACGAUAACGCGACCAAUGAUCAGAUGAAACAAUUGUAAAUGUGCUCAGUAUCGUCUGUAUAUAUUUGUGUGAGUUGUAUCUAAAUAUUUGGGAGAAACGAAAUAAACGAAUGCCUUCACUUCUGUGGAAGAA